AUGGCGAUGACACCACAAACGUCGGACUCCUCCCUCUCGGGGGGGCCCAUUCGAUCCAUCCAGGAGCCGAUCGCAGUCGUCAGCAUGGCAUGUCGACUACCCGGACACAGCGAUUCCCCUCAGAAGCUAUGGGAUUUCCUGGUCAACGGAGGUGUGGCAGACACCAAGGUCCCAGAGACACGAUUCAACCUGGACGCGUUCUAUGAUGGGUCGGAUCGACCGAAAACAAUGCGCUCUCCUGGCGCCAUGUUCAUGGAAUCCGUCGACCCAGCGAAGUUUGAUGCAUCAUUCUUUAACAUCUCCGCACAGGAGGCAACGGCCAUGGACCCUCAACAACGGAUCAUCCUUGAGGUUAUCUAUGAAGCAUUGGAGAAUGCCGGCCUUCCAUUGGAGUCGCUAGCGGGCCAAAGGUAUGGCUGCUUCGUCGGAGGCCACCCUGGAGACUAUUGGGAUGUGUUCGCACGGGAUCCAGACUCGAGACCAGUCAAUGCCGGCAUUGGUGGCUCCGGCACAAUGUUGAGCAAUCGCGUUAGUCACUUCCUGGGCAUCACAGGCCCUAGUAUGUCCCUUGAUACUGCAUGCUCCAGCUCCCUGGUGGCGCUCGACAUGGCAUGCAAAUUCCUUCAAACCGGGGAGAUUGACGGAGCCGUCAUCGCGGCAUCCAACCUGGUCCUCCACCCCGAAUAUGGCUGUGACACUGGGCCGAUCAGAAACACCCAUUCGCCAACAGGACGCUGCCACACGUUCGACGCCAAGGCAGACGGAUAUAUCAAGGCCGAAGGAAUCAAUGCCGUGAUCUUGAAACGGCUUGAUGAUGCCGUACAGGCCGGCGACCCAAUCCGAGCGGUCAUUCGAGGCACCGCAAAUAACCAUAGUGGUCGCACCCCUGGUAUUGCAUCUCCCAGCGCCGAUGCCCAGGCCGCCGCGGUACGCACUGCGUAUGAGAAUGCCAACAUCACGGACUUUUCUCUCACGUCGUACCUCGAAUGCCAUGGAACGGGCACAUUGGCUGGAGACCCGGUGGAGGUGGCGGGCGUCUCCUCGGUCUUUGCAGGGUCCCGGGCGCAUGAUAGACCACUGCACAUUGGAUCGAUCAAAAGUAAUAUCGGGCACUCGGAGACCGCAGCGGGUUUGUCCGGCUUGAUGAAAGCGAUCAUGAUCUUGGAAACCGGCCUCAUUCCGGGCAAUCCGACUUUCGAAACGCCGAAUCCCAACAUCGACUUCAGCGGGCUGAAGGUGAAGGUUAGUCGAAGUGUCAUCCCGUUCCCCGAGGACGUCCCGUUUCGACGUGUAGGGGUGAACAACUUUGGAUUUGGUGGCAGCAACUCUCACGCCAUCUUGGAAGAGCCCCGAGUGGUUCAUUUGGAUUACUGCCCAGCUCACAAAACAUCCUACGCAUCUCCUAGUCCAGACUCUGCCGUCGUGGAAGAGGCUGCGAAGCAACCAUAUAUUCUAUGCUUCUCGGCAAACAACCAGAGCUCUCUCAAACGUUAUAUUGAAGAGUUCUCGCAGCAUUGCGCCAGCCCAAGCGUACAGCUCAAUGCCCAAGAUGUGGCCUACACACUCGGCGUACGCCGAAGCAAGCAUUUCCACAGAGGUUACCUCAUUACCGACAACGUCAAACAUCUCGAUCCCACAAAGGUGGUCUACGGGAAGAAGAGUGUCAAUGCGGUAGAAGUAGGGUUUGUUUUUACCGGUCAAGGAGCACAAUGGCCGCAGAUGGGCCUAGAGCUACUGGCCUCAUUUCCUGUGGCAAGGAGGUGUGUGGAGAAACUGGAUACUGUCUUGCAGCGUCUGCCGAACAGGCCGACAUGGUCCUUAUAUGACGAAUUGACCGGGCCAUGUAGCCCUGAUCAUAUCCGCAACCCGGAGCUGAGCCAGCCCUUGGUCACUGCAUUGCAGAUAGCAAUGGUCGAACUCUUCCGAAGUUGGGGGAUCUCGCCGACCAGUGUUCUUGGUCAUUCCUCGGGUGAGAUUGCGGCUGCGUACGCGGCUGGCUAUCUGAGCGAUGCUGAAGCGAUCGUUGUCGCAUACCAUCGCGGCAUGGCUUCUCAGAAGGGGCAGCCCAACGACACUCUACCUCUUGGGAUGCUUGCGGUGGGGUUGGGUGCAGAGCAGGUCGCGCCUUACCUCGAUGGGUUGGAAGGUGUUCAGAUUGCGUGUUACAAUAGCCCUGCAAGCGUGACCUUAUCUGGGCUUUCCUCGGUGCUCGAGCAAGUGAAAGCCAGACUCACGGAGGGUGGAGUGUUUGCUCGAAUGCUCCAAGUAGACCUGGCCUACCAUUCCACAUAUAUGGAGACCAUUGGUGAAAUGUAUGAGCAUCUGCUCAACCGGGACCUCCCAUCAAUCGCUCAGCAAUCCCCACUAUCAGGCGACGUGACAAUGUUUUCCUCAGUCACGGGAUCCCAACAAAUGGUGCGUCCGGGCAUUGAAUACUGGAAGAAAAACAUGAUCUCUCCUGUUCGCUUCGAGGAUGCGGCUCGUGCUAUGUUGGGUGGCAAGUCGUCGGCCACUUUGCUGGUGGAAAUUGGGCCUCAUGGUGCGCUCAAAGGACCUAUCACACAGAUUCAAAGGGGCCUCGAGGGGGCAGCAUCCAAGAUUCCGUAUCUUUCAGCAUUGAAUCGAGGCUCCGACUCAAUUCAUAACACACUCGCAGUGGCCGGCCAGCUGUUUCUCGCGGGUGCUCCCAUCGACCUUGAGAGGGUCAUUGCAGACAGCAAAGGAACCCGUCCCAUGGUGAUCGUAGACCUGCCGAACUACUGUUGGGACCAUUCUACACCGUACUGGUUCGAGACGCAGGCCAGCAAGGACUGGAGAUUUCGACCAUUUGUGCAUCAUGACUUGCUGGGGAGUAAAGUCCUCGGCACCUCGUGGCUCCAUCCCACAUUCAAGAAGACCAUGGAUCUCAGUAUUCUCCCGUGGUUGAAGGAUCACCUAAUCGGGACCGACGUUGUAUUUCCGGCAUCAGGAUACAUCGCAAUGGCGGUCGAGGCAAUGUACCAGACCGGCUGUAUGCGUACACCAAGCGGUCCAUUCCCCCUCUCCAACGAGCUCGGUUACCAAUUGCGGAAUGUCCGAUUUAAUGCAGCGCUUGUUUUGGAUGAAGACGUCGAGAGCGAGAUCUAUCUUACAAUGAACCCAUUCCCGGGAAGCAAUGAGAACUGGUUUGAGUUCUCGAUCUCCUCUCACCGGGAGGGUGCCAUUACAAAACAUGCAGCUGGAUUGAUCCGCCUUCAAGAGCCUGUCCUGGACCCGGCUGAUGCGGCAGAUAUUGCGCCAUUCGAGCAUGCGUCUCCCGGCCACUUGUGGACCAAGGCGUGCGCCGAGCUGGGAUAUCACUAUGGGCCCGCAUUCCACCUGUUGGAGAAAGUGGAAUCGCGUACUGGGCAGCGACGGGCUCGCUCGUUGAUCACACUAGCCGACCCUCCUUCAGCCCAUGAUCCUCAGUCUUUGUAUCCCGUGCAUCCGGCUGCGUUGGAUGGUGUAUUCCGAGCCGUUGUACCUGCAGCCAUCGCUGGAGACCGCAGCAGAAUGGCUGAAACCCUAAUUCCCGCCAUGGUUGAUGAUUUCAUAAUCAACCCUACCCAUCGACCACGCGCGGGCAUCGCGGUUGCGUCCAGCUAUUACUCUGGCCGCGGGAGAGAAGAUACAGAGAAGAGUUAUCUUGGAAGUACUUCCGUAUAUGAUCCAACGAGUGGCGCGCUACUGGUUCGAAUGACCGGGUUAUCGAGCCAUCGGAUUGAUCUAGGCAUUGAUCCGGUCAAUCGGCAUACCCUCACCCAGGAUGUUCUGAAGCCAGAUAUUUCCACGCUGAACGAGGAGGCUAUCCAGCAACUUGGACGAGUACACGCGAAUCUCACACCCGUCAUUCUUCGUUUGAUGAUUCAUAAAAGGCCCUCCCUGAAGGUGCUUGAGAUUGAUUUGGGAACUCGCGAACCCGGUAGCCGGUGGCUUGAAUCACUGGAGCCAGGCGCUGACUUGCAGUGCCAAUACCGUUAUGUGGCCCGCGAUGCCACAAAUCUUUCUGGCGUGGAAUCAAAGUAUCGCGAUCAAGCUAAUGCCUCCUUUCAGCUUCUGGAUCUCGAAUGUAGCCACUUGGGUGUGGGGAAUCAGGAAAGCUUUGACUUGAUAAUACUGAAGGCCGUCUCGCCGUUGCCUCCACGGUCAGUAGCCAUCGCAGGGGCCGUGAAAAACCUACUCUCGCUUGAUGGCUAUAUACUGGCAACCGAUUACGCAGAGGCGAGUCUUAAGCUUCACUCGGACUCCUCGUUGGUCCACGUGCUUGAGAAUAUGACAUUCGCAAGGGUGCUUUCCAUUCCAUCUGAACCAUGGGCAACCUAUUUAUGCACACCACUAGUAGUUGCAGACCGCGCCCCUCCAGCAGCAAAGCAGCUACAUGUCAUCUCUAUGGAAGAGAAUACCGUCUUUCCCCCUAUAGCUGAACAAUGCUUGACAAAGGCAGGGUGGCAAAUCACCAAGCAUCAAUAUCUGACCGCAAAUGUCCCAGCCGGUGCGCCUGUCCUUAUUCUGGAUGAGUUGUACUCGCCCCUCCUCGUACACAUUAAUGAGGCACAGUGGCUGUGCCUUCGUCACCUUAUCACGAACGGCUGUAAGCUUCUCUGGGUGACUCGAGGCGCCCAAAUUUCUUCGUCCGAGCCGGGGAGUGCCUUAGCUGCUGGGCUUUUCCGCUCAAUCCGAUCCGAGGAUCCCGCGGCAGGACUAAUGACAUUGGAUAUACAAAGUCAAGAUGCGUCAGCAGCAUUGGUUUAUCUUCCUCUGCUUCUUGAGCAACUUGAGGUGCGACAAGCUGGCUUGGUGCCCGAUAGUGAAUAUGUCGAGAAAGACGGUAUCCUACACAUCCAUCGGGUCGUACCCUACCAAGCUCUCAACCAUGAAAAUAAAUCGUGGAGGGAGGGAUUUGUGCAGGCAUCAUUGUCUCCUGAUGGUGCCAUCACACGUCUAGUAGCCGAGGAUAUCGGUACUCUGGAAGGCCUACGGUUCGUCCAAACGCCGGACGACACCCUCCCCGACGAUCAUGUUGAAAUUGAGAUCCAGGCCGCUGGCCUAAAUUUCAAAGACGUUGCUGUUACGAUGGGCAUAGUACCCGAGAAUGAGCAUCUACUCGGUCUGGAAGGGUCGGGCAUCAUUCGUCGGGUUGGAUCAAACAUUAAGGACAAAACUAUCGUUGGGGCUCCUGUCGUCUUCAUGGAGAAGGGAGCCUUCGCCAACCGUAUCCAGGUCCCACUAGAUUUCACACAUGCUAUCCCAAAGACGAUGUCCUUCAGCGAGGCAGCUACCAUUCCAGUCGCCUUCUGCACGGCGCUCUACUCCCUGUUUGAUAUGGCAGACCUGCAACCCGGACAGUCGGUCCUUAUUCAUUCUGCAUCGGGAGGGGUCGGUAUUGCCUGUAUUCAAUUAGCUCAGUAUGUCGGAGCUGAGAUCUACGUGACUGUUGGUAGUGAUGCAAAACGUCGCUUCCUACAUGACACAUACAAGAUCCCGUACGAACGCAUGUUCUCAUCCAGAUCGUCCAAGUUUGCUGCUGAGAUCAUGAGGGCCACCGAUGGGAAGGGAAUCGAUGUGAUCGUCAACUCGAUCACGGGAGACUUGCUCGAUGCAACAUGGAGACUAUGUGCCGCGGGUGGAACUCUGGUUGAACUUGGCAAGAGAGACAUGGUGGAACGUAACACUCUAUCCAUGGAGCCUUUCGACCGGGGCUGUUCCUUCCGUGCUGUUGAUCUCUCACAUCCAAGACUAUUACGGAAAUUGCCUAGUAUCCUUCGCCGUGUCUUUGAUCUUGCAAUCAAAGGUCAUGUUCACCCUAUCAAUCCGAUUACAACGUUCCCGAUCACGCAGGCCACGGAGGCCUUUUCUUAUAUGCGUAGUGGAAAGCACAUUGGGAAGGUGGUGAUCGACGGGAUGGCUACCACGGAAGGACUGUCAGCACCGGUACGCCCUCUACGCCAGGAUAUAACGUUCAAUGCCGGAUCUGCCUAUCUCAUUGUAGGCGGUCUCAAAGGCCUGUGUGGUAGCUUAGCCUUGCACCUGGCCCAGCGAGGCGCCCGCCAUUUAGUGGUGAUGUCCCGUAGCGGAUGUGCAGAUUCUCGCUCGCAAGCGGUCAUUUCCAAUUGUGACUCUCUUGGAUGCAAAGUAUAUGACUGCCGCGGGGAUGUGUCGCGCAUCUCCGACGUGCGACAGGCUUUCCUACAAGCCCCUGUUCCCAUCAAGGGUGUUGUACAGGGUGUGAUGCUCUUGCGUGACCGACCCUAUGAGCUGAUGACGAUCAACGAGUUUCACGAAUCCAUUACGGGCAAGGUCCAAGGCACAUGGAACCUGCACAAUGUCUCCAUCGAAAGCGGCCGUGAACUAGAUUUCUUUCUCCUCCUUUCCAGCAUCUCGAGUGUAGUGGGAAGCCCAGGCCAAGCAAACUAUGCCGCUGCCAACAGCUUCCUCGACUCCUUCGCCGGUUAUCGACGCUCCAUGGGACUUGCCGCCCAGACGAUUAACCUGGGUGUGGUGGAAGAUGUUGGGGUCGUGGCUGAAUCAGAGGACCUCACUCGGCGCCUUGAAGCAUCCAAGGAACUGACUGGCAUCCCUGAACGUGUGCUCCAUUGUAUGGUGGACUGUUCACUCCGGCAGCAGUUCCUUCAGUAUACCUGCCCGCCGAAUUCGGGGCUCUCGGAGUUCCCAACCCGGCUCAUAACUGGGCUCGCAGUGCCUCAAGACCCAACUCAAUCUGGGCUGCGAUCUGAUCCUCGCUUCCGCGGACUUUUUGUCGGGAACUCCAACUCCCAGGCCAACGCAGGAAAGCCGACCGACGAGCUCGGGGCCGCACUCCAAUCGUUCCACGCCAUGAUUCGCGCUGGUGCAGCGGCCGAUGAACUGCACGAACCGUGUCUGAGCAUCCUCGCCACUCGGCUGGCGCGGAUGUUGCGCUAUAAUGAAAACCAACAGAUUGAGCCUGGGCAACCGCUCUCGGUCUAUGGGCUGGACUCUCUCUCCAUGGUCGAACUGCGCAAUUGGAUCAAGGCGCAGAUGGGGGCUGAAGUGACGACGUUUGAUGUCCUUAACGCCAAUAGUUUGAUCAUGUUGGCACAACGGGUUGUGAAUAAGUUACGCCGUGAAUAA